AUGAGUGGACCACCUCCGAUCAAUUACGCGACUCGCCCAAGGCACAGUGCUGGACGACGUUCAACACCUGCGGCGCCUGUCCGUAUCCUAUUGCCAACAUCUCCUUUGUUUCGUCCAGGGCCAGUGCAGGUUACGUAUGACAACCCCGGCAUUUUGGGCAUCCCCAGCGAGGAUCGGGGAAAGUUUCUUCCUCCAGGCAUUUAUCCUAUUGCCAGAUUAGCCGAUAUUCAACAGGAUGGAUUGGGUGAUAAUCAGCAGGAUGGAUUGGCCAAUACCCGACAGGAUGGAUUGGCUGAUCGUACGCCGGCUUUGUUGCCAGCGCGGCCACAGCAGACACAGGAUCGUUUCGCCAGCUCCUCCGAAGGCCCUUUCACUCACCCUGCUCCUUCUACACCUACUUGCUCGCCAGCGUGCCCAAACACUACUCCUCCGACACCGGCUUUCUCGCUAGCGCGGCCACGCCAGACACGGCCUAAGUACUACUCAGUUACUGUAGGCAGACGAUGCGGAGUUUUUACGGGGUGGACCUAUGUGCAUAGUCUCGUUAAUAGAGUCCCGGGUUCUGCUUGCUUUGGCUUCAAUUCUCGUGAAGAGGCUUUAGAGGAUUACCAUACCAUGAAGACACACGGUCGUGUUCACGUUUCUGGAAGGGUAGAAGGCGACGAGCAAGAGUUUGGACCUAUGUCCGAUGCCAUUAUGUAG